AAAGCUAUGUAUGCUGUCUGAUUGCAUAGUUGAUUUUUUUUUGUGAUUUUAAAAAUGCUGUUAAAUAGAAUCAUGUGGAACUGUGGUUUUAUAGGUCAAAAAUGAUCAAAUAUUGGUGAUUUCAUAUGGCUCAACAUGAUAUAGGAUUAACUUCCUUAUAGUACUACUACUUGCCAUUCUUAAAUCCUUACUUCUGAGUCUCAGUUAUCUAGCUUGAAUUGCAAAUAAUUUUUUUCAGGAAGGAAGUGGGUAGUGUAUUCUAUGCCUUUUUAUAUCAGUUGGUGUUCUUACAGUGUCAGCUUUCAAUUGAGAGGAAUCAUUAUUGUGUCCCCAGAGAUACUAAACCCUCUUUACCAUAGAAGUGAGCAUUAUGAGGAAGGACAGGACUAAAAACUUUGUGAGUGAGUCUUAAGUAUGGUAUUGAAAGGCACAACUCUUUAUUUUCCACCUUUGGUUCCCAGACCAUGUGCACUGGUUUUAGGAUACUAAGUUGUAGCAACAUUGUAUCCUGGAGGAUAGUAUUCCAGCCUCUCAAGGUAUUGCUUCCUGUGCAGUAAAGGACCUAGUUUUACCCUCAGUAAGGUGACUUUUGUCCUUUUCUACAGAGAAAUAACAGUUGGAGCAACUGGGAUGCCUUGGCCAGAGACUUCCAGGCCAUAACUCAGAAUUUGUGCUGGCCAGACCAGAAAAGACUUACCUGGGAGGUCGAUAUCAACUAGCCCCUACAGGCAUGAUUUAGCUUAUCAUGCAGGACUGGCUGAUAAAAAAGCCCUGAACACGGAGGCUCAGAGAGCUUCCUGGUUGAUGAGAACAUCUUCUCUUGGGAGGGUAAAGUGUCCCUUGGGACAUGGAAGCUUCAUGUUGGGAACCCUCCCAGACUUUGCUCUAGGCAUCUCUUCAUUUGUAUCGUUUUUGGUGAUAAUAAAUCUGUAGUUGUAAGUAUGGUAUGCUCUCCAUGACCUUUAUGAGUUGUUCUCGUGGAUUAUUGAACCCAAAGGGGUAAGAGGAACAAGCACGUCAUAAAGUAAGGAUGUCGUGUUAACUCCCAAGUUUAUGGCUGGCAUCCUGAAGGGGUAGUGGGAACUAGCCCUGAAUUUGUGGCCAGCAGGUCAGAAUGCCAGGGUGUCAUGUGAACUCUCCAAACUUGUGGCUUAUGUCUUGCCUAUUUGGCAGUCUGAAGGAUGGUGUCCUUUAACUUGUGACCUCUGAUUUCACUCCAGGUGGCUAGGGUCAGAGAGAGUGUGUGCCAGGGGUAGCUGGCGAUGAGGAUGGAGAAGUGGGAAUGUGAAGUCUGGAUUAAUCUCCACAUUUUGGGGAUUGGAUUUAUGCUGAUCCUUACUGUGCACUUUCCAACUAGUCCCAUAAUUUAAUCUUCAGUAGACCACUAUCCCAUUCUAAUUAGUGAAUUCUGUGGGCUUUACUUCCAUAAGUGAAAUCCCUGAUUACAAAAAGUGAUGAGUAAGAAUAUAAUUGUAUAAAAGUUAUUUCAGUAGGUGGAAUGAAUGAAGAAAGCCAACCCAAAUCCAGAAUUAGUGUUAUUCUUAUGAGAAUGGAGAGCUGCUGCUUUUAAUAUGUAUGUAGAUGACCCACAGAUAAAGAGUGAGAUCUGCCCUAUAGAACGUGGAAUCCUACUCGUAAUGUCAGGCCUAUUCUACUAAGUGGAAUUUUACUCUGAAUGGGCCCAGUACCCUAAAACAUGAAUGGUAGUUUGCUGGGUGACUGGGUUAUAGAUCAUUUUAAUUUUCUUCCCUAUGCAUUUCUACAUUGACUAACUUCUCUGUAGUGAACAUGUAUUACUUUUGUGUUCAGGUACAAUAUUUUAGAAUGUUAAGGUCAAACCUAGUAGGAUUGUAAAAUAAAUAUAAAUAUCAGAUCUAAUCUAGCAAGCAUGGCCUAUAGUAAUGAGUAAACAACGGCGUUAAUCAGAAUUGUCUCUAAAUGUUUGCAAGAGGAAGAAUUGAUGAAAGCCUCUAACAACAUGAAUUUUGACUUACCUGUGAAAAAUCACGGCAGGAGUCCUAAGAAAGGCCUUCUGGCCCCAUUCCCCAGUUCGAAAUUCCUGAAGAAAGAGGUAAAAAUAGUCAUGGGCUUUAUACAGGACAACAGUGUUAUUGUUUCUUCUGGUUGGGUCCCCCACUCACUGGUGAUCAUACUUCUGCUGAUAGGAGGGGAGAAGGUUGUGAAGACUUCCCUCAGACUCUCACUUUUAGAGAGGAGACAGGUGCCUGCAUUCCAUUUAUUCACUAACCGGUUAUUCUCACUCUGUCUUGUCCACAGGCAGCUGGCUAAGAGCCUUGGACAGGCUGGUGAAAUCGAGCCUGAAACAGAAGGAAUACUAACAGAAUAUGGUGUGGAUUUCUCUGAUUUCUCUUCAGAAGUUCUAAAAUGUCUCCCUCAGAACCUGCCAUGGACAAUUCCACAAGAGGAAUUCAGCAAGAGAAGAGAUUUAAGGAAAGACUGUAUCUUCACCAUUGACCCUUCCACUGCUCGAGACCUCGAUGACGCCCUCUCCUGCAAGCCACUCGCUGACGGCAACUUCGAAGUGGGCGUCCACAUCGCUGACGUGAGUUACUUCAUUCCCGAAGGAUCGGAUCUGGACAGAGUGGCUGCCCAGAGGGCCACCAGUGUCUACCUGGUGCAGAAGAUCCCAGGCCUCACCAUACCUGGCAGCACAUGUGACAUGCGGAAGAUGGACUUCCAGACAUACCUCUGCCAGGUCAAAUAA